UAUCUAUGUCGGAUCGGAUUCGGUUUGGUACUUGAAAUUUCGGUUCGGAACUUCGGAUCCAGAUAAUUUGCCCAUGCCUAAAAUAAGCUACAAUAUUGUAAAAUUUUUGAACGAAAUGAUGAGAGACUGAAUUGAAUUUUGCAUCCCAUAACCAAAUAUCGCAUAACAGGUUAUGGACAAUAUUGUCUCGUUGGUUGUUAUGAAUAUUACUAAUCAGAAGUUCAGAAUCCCUUUCAAAAAUAACUUGUGAAAACUCAGUACUCUAUGUUGAUUGCAUUGUGAAAACGAAGGCCAUUGCUUCUGCUUCCAAAAGUAAAUUUGUUGUACAUGUAUAUGUUGAUCCCCAUAAUUGUGUAACUCUAUAGCUGUCGCGGAUUAUCCAACCACAGUGAACUUGUUGGGUAUUUAAAUUAUAAGCAGCAUUAUAACUGCAUUUUAGAAUUCCAUUUGGUGGACGACUCCAAGUAGAGUAUGACGAUAUUGUCAUGUCGUCUUGCUUCCUUUGGUUGAUUCGAUAUAGCAUAAGAAAUCCAGUUUUCAACAUCAUUAAGACUAUACUGAACAGUGUUAUGUAUUGAUAUCUGUUGUCUCUUGAAUAACAAAGUAUUCCUCGAUUUCUAAAUUCGCCAUAAAAUCCAAAUUAGCAACUGUUGUUGUUUGAUUGUUAAGUUAGUGUUGGUGAAUACCAACCAGGAAAGAUAUUGUUUCCUCGAAAAUAUAAACAGCUUAAAAUGCUACAUUUGGUAAAAUAUAUCUUUGAAGAGGGUCCGAAUUUGCCUAGAAAUGGCAAUUAUGGAUCUGGACCGCGGGCCUGGUCCGUAAAAGACUGUCGCGGGAUGGUAUUGGGACGAAGUUUUCUAGGUCCGCAAAUUUGCGGACCUCGCGGGACUGGACCUUUUGCGGGAUGGACCUUUUGCGAGACUGGGUCUUUUACAUGGACCCGUAUUUUUUUUUUCAUGUCUUAUUUUACCUAAAAAACGAGAAAGAUAAGUGAAAAUAAAGCGAUUCUUGUGACUUUUCCCCCAUAAAACAUGAGGAGUUCCGGCGAUGAUGCUUCGAGCUCCAGUGAUGAUGAUUCGAGCUCCGGCGAUGACUACUCCAGCUCCAACGAGUUCUGGUGGUGUUUUGAUUUGGUUUUCUCUUUUUAUUACACACAACUAUGAAUUGCUUUAUGACAUUAAUUUUGAUAAGGCUUUAGUGAAGCUUAAUGAUCUCUCUUCAGAUCUCUUACACAAUUCUUCUAUAUGAACAUUCAUGAAAGAAACUGUAGCACGCGGUUUGAUAAGGAGGCGUCCCGCGGGAUGGCCCGUGAAAGCCUAUAUAUUUUGCGGUACGGAUUUGGGCCGGUAUUUUGAAGACCGCAGUCCGCGCGGGACAGGUCCGCUGUGACCCGCUCGACGACUAACUCGCCACGGUACGAGACGGAACGGGAUAGGUAAACUUGUUUAACAUCUCUAAAUUUGCCGCAUGCAUAACGCAUAGCGAACAGGGAAAAAAACUAAGAAAGUAACCUUUUUGAAAACGAAAACAACUCUACAAUGUAAUGACUUAAAGUGACCACCUAGAUUUAAUCAAUAACUUUGCAGAAUAAGUUUUUAUGAAAACUUUGUUGAACAAACAUAUAUCUAACUUAUGAAUAGUCACGUUUUUUUUUCGCUCGUUGUUCUUUUUAAAGAGAUAACUAUAAUAGAGAUUGGUAGCUAUAUACCAUACUGAAUAAGGAAAAAUUAACUAUGUGAAAUACUUUGCUAUUUGAAUUUAUCUUUAUGUUGUUUUAAUCAUAUAAUAUAUACUUAGAAGAUGUUAUCUUUUGAAAAAUAAAGAAAUCAUGUAUUGAUCGUAGAAAUAAUGCUAUUCUUAAACAUAUUUUAUCUAGAAUUUUAUGUUUUUGUUUAUUUAAUUAUUUAUGUUACUUAGGGAUAAUUAUUUGAAAAUAAGUGUAUCUUUAAAUUUAUGAGAUAUGGCUUAUUUUGUUAAGUUUGAUUUCUUUUUGGAUUUUAAGGCAAAAGAUCUAUAAAUUAACGAAAAACGAAACCUUAAAACCAAUUUCUCCAAGUCACAAAGUCAAACUUUAGUCAAGGAACCUAACAACUAUAACAGCAUAGGUUAUAUCAUUAUUGGCAAAGUAAGAUUGAUUUACGAAGAAGAUGAAUAGUACUGAAGAACAAGAAAGAAACGAGAAGGAAAUAGAAGACCUAGCGAUUAUUUUAUUUUGGAUAGAGCGUCCGUUUCUCGUCAUACUUCUCCUCUACUCCAGUUUCGUCUCAGUUCUGAUCGGCCUUCUGCUUCCCGUUACUACUCUUCUCGCCAUAAUAUUCUUCUUGUUAUGCCCUCGACUCUCUUCUACUGGACCCUCUGGUAUCGGUGGAUUCUGGCUGUUUCUAUCAGACCGGUUCAUGUUUCUAUUGGCUCUAAGCUCUCAUGAGACCAUACUCGUUUGGCUUCUCACCGUUUUUAUCUCCAUCGUGAACCACUCUGUUUACAUCAUCGAGUACAUUGUUAGAUCUUAUAAAUCUCAUCAUACCAUAUCACUUCCUCCUCAGUCCCCCGAAGUAAGAAGGAAUGAUGAGGAAGGAGAUGAGAUCAAGGAACUAGAGAAGAUGGGGAAGUUAUUAGAAGAGUUAAGAGAAGAUGGAAAGAAGAUGGAUAUAGAAAUAGAGCUUAUCCAGCAAACUAUCCACUCAGAUCUUGAGAAAGACAGAAAAACUUUGUCUUUGAACCUUGAGUUGGGAGAUGAUGGAGAAAAGAUGGGGGCAUAUAUGGAGCUGAUUAAGAACUUCGUUAACUCAGAGCUUGUAACUCCGAGAGGCGACUUGAACCUCAAUAUUAAUAAUGAUAUCCGGGAAGAUGUAUCAGAUGAGGAGGAUAUCAAAGCUUGGAGAGUAAAACUGAAAUUUGUAGCUAAAGAAGUUCAUGAGACCUACUUUGUUAUCCAAGAAACUGCAAAGGCGGCGAAAACAACAGCUGACAGGGCCAAUCUAACCUACAUGAUUGUGGACGAAAUUUCAAAAGAAAUGGAAACUAUGAGUGGGAUGAUAAAAGAAGAAGCCCUUGAGAUGUUUAUAAAGUUAAGAGAAGAAGUUUGGGAAACGUGGUUGGACUUCGAAGCUAGAAAAACAGAAGCGGAGGUUGCUGCGGACAGAGCUGCGGAGGAGCUUUCAUAUGCAAUGGUGGAGUUGAUGGACGCAGUCAACAUCCGUCCGUGGGAGGGUUACCGAACUGGCUAACAGUUUGCAUGCCUCUCUAAUUAUAUUUCAAUCUCUUUAUUUUUGUUGUCAGAUGAAUUUCAUUUUUAAUUCUUUUUUUUUGUAAAAAAAAAUUCAAUUUAAUUUUUUAUUAUUUUAUUUUAUUUUAUUUGAAGAAGUCUAUUUUAAUUGAUAAACUGUGAACUCAGUUUUGAGUCCAUCCGGGGCCACUAGUAACUUACUCUGUUCUUCAAAGAGAUAACACAUAAAUGAUUCAUGUUAUGAAAUCCUACAAUCUUCGUAGUGGAUUGUGAGGAGGUGUGGGUGGUGAUGAGUUUUCCCAGUACCAAGUCGGCAUUUUGGUCUCUUUGGGAGACUAAUAUCCUUCUUCUUUUGCAGGAUUUGAUGUGUUUGUAACUAGGUUUCGUCUCCUUUGCAUUCCGAUUUGUCUGAGGCUUGCCCUGUCUGUUCUAAGCCGAGUUGUCCCUUGGCUUUGGCGGUUCCUGUUCUCGAUUAGGCGGUUUGAGUGGUUCCAGUAGUGCUCAUAAGGUUUGCUAUAUUUUCCCUCUUAAUCAUUAGUGGAAAGGGCUUCAUCGACGACUUAUAUUGCAAACUUGAAGAUAUUAUCAAAAUCCAGCUACUCCGGUGAUGUUACGAGAAGACUGGCAUCUGAGACAACGAGGGUACGUAAAUUCCACAUUCAACGACUGAGAACGGUGAUUGAUUUCUAAGAAUUUUGGAACUUUCAAGCGGAUAGCGACGGUGUUGUGGGUGCACGAAGCUAGUCUAACUAUGUUUGAACUAGAAAAUUUUGGUUGAUUUAAGUUUGUAAGUGACGUUGCGACUCUCAUUUUUUGGGUUGAUAAAUAAAUUGAAAAAAAAGAGAGUAUAGGGCACGGAAUUAAUGUGUGCAAUAAGUUUGUACUUAACGGUUGUUUUAUUCUGAUUUUAGUUGACUUAAAAAAUGAAAAUAUUCAUUCAAUGGCAUUCCAUGGUAUUUAUUGAGGAAAACUCAGGGCUAAAUACAAAAUGUACUCAUGUUUUAAUAGAUUAGAUGAAUUCAAAGUAUUCCAAAAUCACACUCAUAACUUUUUAUUAGUUUACCUUUCAAUAACAUUAGAUUUGAUUUAAGUUUUGUAAAUGGUUGAUUGAAUAACAUGAGAUUUGUAAGUGUUUGCAAUUAUUUUACAUAAAUUCCAUGUUCAAUAACAUGUGAUUUGAAAAGAAUUUUUAAAAGCCUUAAUUGAAUACAUAAGUUUUCAGGCGAUUUUAGGGUAUUUGAGUGCAGUUUCUAAGUAAAAAAAAUUAAAACUCAAAUCUCAUGGUUUUAGGUUAUAUUGUUAAAACCAACUCUUACACAGCAAAAUAAGAGAGUAGGAAAAGAAGAGAAACAAACCUGAGCUAAAAUCACAGACACUUUGAUAUGUCCUCUCACUUCUUUUUGACAAAUCUUGCUCUGUUUUCACAUCUUCAUCAAAUGUCACCCAUGAAACAAGCGAAAGUAAUCAUCGAAUUCGAAAAGCAUUUUGCACAACUCGAUAUGACGGUAACAUAAACUCUAUUCAUUUAUAAGAGCAUUAAUACUCAGAAAUGUUGGUGCAGUCACAAAUAUCGGUUGUGUCAUGUUUUUUUUUAAUGCAUAAAUUCAACUUUAGCUUAUUUUUAAAAUAAGUUCAAAAACUGAUACACAAAGUAAUACUCCCUCUGUUUUUUAAAGAUGAAUGUUCUAGGAUUUUCACACUUAUU